UUAAACAACUCGCUACGUAUAGUGUUUGCUCUGUUACACUGUUGAGUUUACUUUGUUUUAGAGCUCAAGGUCUGUUAAGUGCGUUGUUCUUUGUGUGCCAUCUGGUAAAAAUGCUCUAGAGUGCCGAAGAACAUGUUUGCGACCUCUGCUGUUAUUGUGUGAGAAGUGUUAAAGUCAGGUACUUGCCAUGCUACUGUGGUUAACUCACACCCUGUUCACAAUAUCCAUCCUGGAAAUAUCUGCAAAUACUUUUAAUAUAAUAAUUCUAAAUGAGAAAGAGAAUCUACUGGCAGGCGAGUCAACAGCAGCAGCACUGGAAUACAUUAGUCGCAACAGUCGUCUGGAGGUGAAGCUGGACAACAUCAUCGUCGUUGACAGUUCCGACUGUGAUGGCAACACCUUCUACAAGACUGUAUGUCAUGAAUAUGAUAUGAACGUAGAGGCAGGUAGGGGCCCUCACCUAAUCAUUGACUUGACAAGAUGCAGAGAAGUGUUAUCAGCAGCCAAACUAUUCAUACAGAAGAUGGGUUUGCCGGCAAUAUCCACCUCCCAAGAGACUACAGAUAUCAGUAAAUGGCUGAGUGAAGAGACCAACCAGGAAUUCUAUCUUCAGCUCUUACAUCCACAAGACAUGAUCCCACAGAUAAUACGCAUCUUAGCUUUAGCUUCUGAACUAACAAGUGCUGCUAUUCUCUAUGAUGAAUCCUUUGGAUCAGUAAUAAAAUCUGAUUGCCUUCUUCGAGACAUCCCUGCCCGACAGAUAGUGAUCAAUGUGGAGGUCACAACCUCUCUGAGACAGCUGAUGGUCGAACUUCGAGAGUUAGAUGUAUUCAAUUACUUUGUCCUGGGCUCCCUGCUGACUGCCAGGAGCAUCAUUGACAGCUCAGACUGCAGCACUUACUAUGAAAAGAAGUUUGGCUGGUAUAUCAUUACUCAGGAUGACGGACAAUUGCGGAGUUCUUGUCGGAAUAUAACUCUCCUCUUUAUAAAACCCGAUCCAGGGCCAAUCAACAGAGAGAAGUUCAUCAACCUGCAAUCUUCAUAUUCACUGAAAACUCCCUCACACAUAACGUCUGCUUUCUACUUCGAUGCUGUGGUCAAAUCAUUGUUAGCAUUCAGAUCAGUUCUGGCAAGCAACAGUUGGGUCACAUCCAACUUCUCCCAUAGUCUGUGUGCAGACCACAGGAACAGUUCCUCUUUCGAUGACAGAACUGUUGACUUUAAAAGAUAUUUCAAAGAGAUCUAUGAACCAGUGAUGUAUGCUCCAUUUUACAUAAACCCAAACGGUAAAGGGUUCAUGGACUUCACAAUGAGACUUGAGGUAGUAACUAUCCAGGGAGACAAGGAGGACGUAGAAAGAGUUGGGGUCUGGAGACCAGGGUCUGAGGCCAGUCUGAAUCUGAAGAAUAUCGAUGCUGUGUCUUCUCGUACAAUCUACAAGGUUGUAACAGUCCUGCAACAACCUUUUGUGAUAAAAACCAUUGAUGAUGCGGGCAAUGAAAACUUCACUGGCUAUUGCAUUGAUCUGCUCAAUCAUAUCAGUCAAAUCAUUGGUUUUGAGUAUGAGGUCUAUGUGGCACCGGACAACAGUUUUGGAACCAUGGAUGAGAAGGGGCGGUGGGGAGGACUCAUCAAGGAGUUAAUGGAUAAGAAAGCUGACAUUGGGUUGACAUCUCUGUCAAUAACAGCAGAGCGAGAGAAUGUCGUAGAAUUCACUGUUCCCUACUAUGACCUGGUGGGCAUGAGCAUCCUUAUGAAGAGGCAUAACCCAAAAACAUCUCACUUUAAGUUUCUCACGGCUAUGGAAGGCGAUGUCUGGCUGUGUGUUCUGGUCACUUAUGUUUUUGCAAGUUUCCUUCUGUGGAUGUUUGACCGCCUUGGUCCCCGCACAAUGGUUUCACACUCCAGUGAGGAGCUGGAACUGUUAAACAAAGAAAGUCUGUCCUUGAAAGACUGUUUAUGGUUCUGCAUGACCUCCCUAACACCUCAGGGGGGAGAGAGUGGCCCCAGAAAUCUUCCAGGAUACAUCACUCUGGGCACAUGGUGGCUGUUUGGUUUCAUUAUUAUCUCCUCCUAUACUGCCAAUCUGGCCGCUUUCCUCACUGUCUCUCGGAUGGACACUCGGAUACAGUCUCUCAGUGAUCUGGCCAAGCAGUCAGGGAUACAGUACGCACCCAUCAAUGGAUCCUCUGGCAUGACCUACUUCGAGCGAAUGGCUGACAUCGAGCAGACAUUUCAUGAAAAAUGGUUGAACCUGACAUUUCGAGAGGAGUUGAGUGACCAGGAGCGUGCCAUGUUCGCGGUCUGGGAAUAUCCCAUCAGCUCCAAGUAUACAAGGCUGUGGAAAGCUAUGAAGGAGGCAGGUCUACCUAGCACACAAGAGGAGGCGGUGGAGAGAGUUCUAGCCUCGAAGUCUUCUACUGACGGUUUUGCUUACAUCGGAGAUGGCACGAAUAUACGUUAUCAGUGCAUCAUAAAUUGCGAUUUGCAAAUGGUUGGUGAAGAAUUUGGAAAACUACCUUUGGGUAUUGCUCUACAGAAGAACUCUCCUAUUAAGGAGACCUUGAAUAAAGCGAUUGUUCAUCUACUGAACCAAAGACGCCUGGAAAAGCUAAAGGAGGUUUGGUGGGAUGAGAACCCAGAACGGAAGGAUUGUGAACAUCAUGAUGACUUGACUAAAGAGGAAGGGAUAUACCUCAGUAACAUCGGAGGAGUGUACACACUGAUAGUGAUGGGGAUGAUGCUGGCUUGUUUCACACUAGUAUUUGAGUACUAUGACCCCAACAACUCCAACGCCAGUUCGACCACAGAGUCCAGUGACAAGGAGCGAGCCAGCACAAGUAGCACAGACCGAUUCCAUAGUUACCCCUUCCAGCACUGGAUAGAUUAGUGACUAUUGGAUACAACUGCCACUGUCAUGGCUCAAAUUAGAAGAAUCUUUCACAAACACUCAACUUUAAACUGAUUUUCGCUUCUGCACUACUUUCAUCUAAGUGUUGAUAUAGCUUUAAAUUUAUCAAGUACAACUUAAAAAAAUAGUUUUGUUUUCUUUUACCCUUAUUAUUGACAACGAUCUGAUCAAACAGCGUAGGUCUAAAAUGCAUUCUCCAAUGAUACUUUCAAAUUAGGUUGGUGGCAUGGAGCUGUAUUUUACAUCAUAUUAACAAACUGUUAACAUGAUAAAAUUAACUUCAGUUCUCCAAUGGAACAUUUUUGUUGUAAGGAAACAUAGAUUACAUCAGCUUGAUUAUAUGUCCUACUAAAAUGUCAACUUCUUAAACCAGAAUUUCUAACAAGUGCAUAAUUUGUCCAAAACACUCCAUUUGUCAUCGACAACAAAGAUUGUAACCUGUGUAUUCUAAUAUUUUUAAGGUGCAUCACUUGCUUCAGGCAUAAGUCCAAAAAUAAAACCCAGCUAAUAGAAGAUUGACCAAAUCUGUGAGGAUGCCAGUUUGGCCACUCUAUGUUGGUGGUGACUCUUAUUUUUCCUAAGUAUGAGAUAUCAAAACAAUUAAAAUAUUAUCUCUCCCUAUUAGUCUGUUUGGGUACUAAACAUGUACAUAGUCAUAAGGUAGCUAUUGGUACUGAUCUCAAAUAAGGUACUUUUAUCACACUGUACUUACGCAAUUUGAAGAUUGUGUAUAGUAACUCUAGUACAGAAUUUGUUGGAGCUAACAUUCUAAAAAGAUUCAUCAAUGAGAUGGUAUUACAAUAAGGUAAAAUAAGGACAUACCAACCUCAACAAAAUAUCUAGUAUGUGAAAAAAUUGUAAUAAAAUUCUGUUAGAUGAAAGCAAUAAAAUUAUUUUUGAAAGCAACUA